AACACUUGCUCCUUCUCCAAAGAAAUUCGCCUAUAAAUAAUAUAUUAGUGGUGAGUGACCCUUGUUUUACUUAUCAAUCUUCUUCAGAACUAUUUGGGUCUAUAACGAAAAAAAAAAAGAGAGAGAAAUUUAAACGAUGGAGGCUCAUAAUAGAAAACAUUCAGUCGGCGACACAACCCUCCACACGUGUCAUCCGUGCCGGCGCACCGUUCCAUACAGAAUAUACGCCGUAAUUCACACGUGUGGCAUCUUAGCCCUUAUGUACCAUCACGUUAACUCACUUCUCACAGCAGACACAACCCUAAUAACAUCUCUACUUCUACUCUCCGAUGUCAUUCUCGCUUUCAUGUGGGCCACCUCAGCUUUCCUCCGGUUUAACCCGGUUCAUCGGUCCGAGUACCCUGAGAUAUACGCAGCUAAACCGAAAGAGGAGUUUCCGAAGUUGGAUGUGUUUAUAUGCACGGCUGAUCCGUACAAGGAGCCUCCCAUGAUGGUGGUCAACACUGCUUUAUCUGCGAUGGCCUUCGAUUAUCCGUCCGACAAGGUCUCAGUCUAUGUAUCGGACGAUGGAGGAUCAUCUUUGACCUUGUUUGCUUUGAUGGAAGCUGCCAAGUUCUCUAAGCAUUGGCUGCCAUAUUGCAAGAAUAACAAUAUUCAAGAUCGAUCUCCUGAAGUGUAUUUUUCAUCAAAAUCACAUACUUGGGACGACGAAGCUGAUAAUCUUAAGAUGCUGUACGAAGAUAUGAAGAGCAGAGUAGAACAUGUGGUUGAUAGUGGUAAGGUUGAGACUGAGUAUAUCACAUGCGAUCACUUUCGUGGAGUAUUUGAUUUGUGGACCCACAAAUUCACUCGUCAAGAACACCCCACUAUUAUUCAGGUGUUGCAAAAUAGCGAGACAGGCAUGGGCCAUACAGGAAAGUAUAUAGUGCCAAACCUAAUCUAUGUAUCACGGGAGAAGAGUAAAGUUUCACCACAUCAUUUCAAAGCCGGUGCUCUUAACACCUUGCUACGAGUGUCUGGGGUGAUUACAAAUUCACCGGUCAUUCUAACACUAGACUGUGACAUGUACUCGAACGAUCCUACAACCCCGGUUCGUGCCUUGUGCUAUCUAACUGACCCUAAAAUCAAAUCCGGUUUAGGUUACGUGCAGUUUCCUCAAAAGUUUCAAGGAGUAAGCAAGAAUGAUAUCUAUGCAUGCGAGUACAAACGUCUCUUCGACAUCAAUAUGAUUGGGUUUGAUGGGAUUAUGGGACCGAAUUACGUGGGAACUGGCUGUUUCUUCAACCGACGGGUUUUCUAUGGGCCUCCAUCUAAUAUGAUUUUGGCUGAGAUAGAUGAACAUAACCCUAAUCGGAUUGCGGAUAAAUCCAUCGAGGCGAAAGAUGUUUUGGAAUUGGCACAUAAUGUAGCAGGAUGCAACUACGAGCACAACACUAAUUGGGGGUCCAAGGUAAGAGAAAAUCAACCCUCACAUAUUAGA